AUGAAGGUGAUCAUCAUCGGUGCAGGUUUCUCUGGGAUUUAUUGCGGCGUGCGCAUACCGGAGCGAUUGCGCAACGUUACUCUCAAGAUCUACGAGAAGAACGAAGGCAUUGGGGGAACAUGGUUCGAGAACAGAUACCCGGGCUGCGCCUGUGAUAUUCCAGCCCAUUCAUAUCAGUACACAUUUGCACCCAAUCCUCAUUGGAGCAGAUUCUAUGCCCCUGCACAAGAGAUCCGGCAAUAUCUCGAGUCUGUAGUGCAGAGGUACUCCGUCAACCGGUUUAUCAAGACCUCGCACAAAGUGAUUGGCGCAAAUUGGGACGCCAGCAGCCGUCAAUGGCAUGUCACGACCGAGAACCUGCGAACAGGGGAAAUCAUCAAAGAUGAAGCCGACGUGGUCAUCAAUGCCCGAGGAUCGCUGAACGAGAUGUCCUGGCCAGAUAUACCAGGAGUCCGCGACAUGAAGAUUCCAGUCAUACACUCAGCGGCGUGGGACGACAGUAUCGACUUCAGGAAUUCGACUGUGGGGGUUAUAGGUGGGGGCAGCAGUGCGAUCCAGAUCAUCCCAGCGUUACAAAAGCUGCCCGGGACGCAGCUCAACUGCUUCAUCAGAAGCAAAACCUGGAUCUCGAGGCCAUUCGGAGACUCUGUAAUGAAGACCCUAGGGAUGGAGAAGACGGACUUCACUCCCAAACAGAGAGAACAGUUAGCUCAAGAUCCCGAUCAUUACCUGAAGUUCAGGACGAUGAUCGAGAGGGACGGAAACUCGGUUCACGCAGUAACGCUCAAGGGAUCGCCAAUGCAAAAGAGUGCGCGGGAAGACUUUUCCGCUUUGAUGCGCGAAAAGCUAGCAAACAAACCCCACAUUCUUAAAUCGCUGCUACCAAACUUCAGCGUUGCCUGCCGAAGGCUCACUCCGGGCCCAGGUUAUCUCGAGGCGCUCGCGGAGGAAAAUGUCGACUUCAUCAACACGCCCAUCUCAAGGGCGACAAGCACGGGCUUGGUCCUGUCCAAUGGGGAAGAGAAGAAGCUGGACAUCUUGGUCUGCGCAACUGGAUUCCAGGCUUCUGCGCCACCCCCUUUCCCUGUAGUGGGGAGGAAUGGGCAGACGAUGCAGCAAAAGUUUGAGCCCUAUCCAGAGACCUACCUCUCUCUUGCUACCGACGGGUUCCCGAACUACUUUAUGAUGCUUGGGCCCAAUGGCGCCAUCGGAACGGGGCCGCUGACUACCAUCAUUGAGAGGGCAGGCGACUACAUUAUCAAGUGCAUUCGCAAGCUUCAGAAGGAGAACAUAUCGGCCAUGGAGCCAAAGUCCGCGAGGGUCAAGGACUUCUCACAAAUCAUCGACGAGUAUUUCAAGGACACAGUGUACGUGGAACACUGCAGCAGCUGGUACAAGAGCAACGGCGGCAGGGGCACUCGCAUCACGGGGGUGUGGCCGGGCAGUGCGCUGCACGCUAUGGAGACUCUGAGGUCGCCACGCUGGGAGGACUUCGACUAUGACUACAACGGCGAGGAUGGCUCCGGAGGGGUCGCGCAAAAUCGCCUGGCAUGGUUGGGGGAUGGGUGGUCCGCUGCGCAGGUUGAUCCCAGAGCUGGCGAGCUGGCGUAUUAUGUACAGCCAGGACAGAUCGAAAUUCCGGCAGAACCACUUCCAGAGGAGACUCUCCAGUUCAAGCAGCUGCCCUUUUCUCACUAG